UCGCGUGGGUCCGAAUGUGUGCGCGUUCACGUCAUUUCCAAACGCACGUUCACGUGAACGUAACGAAUGCGUCACUCGCGCGCCGUUUCACUGUUGAUGCGCCUACCUAGCCUAAAAUCUACGGAUAAAUGUUUCGAUUUCAGUCCCUGGAUGAAGACUGUACGUUGGAGGAAGAAGAUGACGGACUAGUAGAAGAAGACGAAGAUGAAAUUGACCAGUUUAAUGAUGACACCUUUGGGGCUGGGGCUAUAGAUGAUGAUUGGCAAGAGGAACAUAAACGCCUUGCUGAGCUUGAUGAGCGAGAUGAACUCGGAGAGGGGCUUGGAAUUGGAGUGAGCGUAAAAAAUGAAUCAAAUUCAGGAGCAGCUGAGGAGGAUUCAUCGUCCACCCAUGUCACAUCUGCAGCGGGCCAUUUUCCCUAUCACUCACCCUUCUCUUUACCCCAACACUCUUCCUCUGGUAUACACCAACCAGAUGUGGAAGAUGGAAGAAGGGAAGGUCACUUGGCUGAGUCAUUGGCAAGACUUGUCCUGGAAGCUGACCCUGCUAUUGCUGGAGUCGGAGCAGCAGAGAGGCCUGUUUUUAUCAAAAACCAAAGGUUGGGCCAUGACUUGAGGCCCAGGGUUCUGCACCAACCUUCCCCCAUUUCACAUUCACCUCAUCCCCACCAACAGCCCCAUCAGCAUCAACAGCCUCCUGGGUCCUCCACCUCAGGCCAUCCUCCACCAAUGCUCACCUACCAACAGCAGCAACAUUUACUUCGUUCUGCACCAGGUUCCAUUGGCCAGAUGAACUCACGCAAUAUCUGGGAGAACAGUAUGGGGUUUGGACCAGUCAGUGUUAGCCCUGGAUUAGUUACACACAUGGAGGAUAGUCCAUUAAUGUCAAUAAUAAAAGAGGUGGGACUUCCAAAACGUCCAUCUCAGGGGAGGAACGAUGGACGGGAUCUGUCAGAAAGGGUUCCACCUCCACGCUCCUCUUCUCCUGUGAUUGGCUCCCCUCCAGUCAGGGCAGUGCCCAUUGGAACUCCGCCGAAGCAACCAAUAAGUCACGUCUUAAAUCAUCAGAUUCAUCAUCCUACAGCAGUUCAUGUGAGAGCCCCAAUCCAGCACAGAUACCCUCCUCCUUUCCCUGAACGUUUGUCACCCAACACUCUGCUCAAUUUUGCUAACUCGCCACUGUGUCGUGGACCAUUUCCUCCAGGAGUCGGCCCGAUGCUGUCACAGAUUCAACGGGCCCAGCUCCUCAACUCUCAGGUGGCAGGAGUUCCUCGUGGUGGUCCAGUGCCUCCUUUGUUACCAGCUGGUGGUGGUUUCAGACCAUUUUUCAGUGGCCCGCACCCUACACACGGUCAUCGAAUGGGGCCGCCGUAUCCUCAUGGUCAUCCUAACCACAUGCCACCCAUCAGGCACAACGCCACUCAUCUCCAUCCUCAACAUCGGCGCAUACUUACCCAGCGCAUGCAAAACAGGAGCGGAGACCUAAGCAGAACAGGAGGGGACUGGCGCAGCAGAGACCCAUACAGUAACCUGAUGACUCAGAAAGAGAAGGAAUGGGUCACUAAAAUCCAAAUGAUGCAACUUCAAAGUACUGACCCUUUCCUGGAUGACUACUAUUAUCAGCACUACUAUGAAAAGAUGGAAAAGCGUCAGGAAAAAGAGAGAGACAGCAGUAAAAAAGAGCACACUACCAAGCUCAUCACUCCACAAGUUGCCAAGAUUGAACACACCUACAGACCAGUUCAAUUUGCAGGCUCUUUGGGUAAACUGACAGUUUCUAGUGUCAACAAUCCACGCAAAAUGAUUGAUGCAGUUGUCACCACGCGCUCAGAUGACGAGGAAAAGAGAGAAAAGCAGGUUUGGAAUAAAAGACGACAGAUUCUAUACACUGUGGAGAAGAUCUACAGUUUGCUGCUUGAGGUCCAAGACUUUGAGAAACGUUUUGUCCAUGCACCAGAGGAGGACAGAGAGACCUUACUGGAGCAGCACAAAACCAAUACUAUGCAGCUCUGUAAUUCUCUGCAAGAGAAAGAGUGGGAUGACAGGGUGAGCGAUGAACGUUGCGUAAUGAUCAUGUCGGUGAGGAAAGGCAAGCGGCUCAUCUCCAGGCUCCUACCCUACCUACCCCCCUCUCAUGCUGCCACCGUUGUCAUGGCAAUUGCUCGAAACCUUCCGACCCUGGCCAAGAAGGACAAGCAGGACCAGGUGCUGUGCCUGUUAGUGGAGCCUGUCUCUGCGGUGAUCAUGUCCUUAUCAAGCUCUGCCCUCACAGACUUGCUCCAGGAGCUUCAGGGCAGUGAGGGUCAACUUGCCACUGUACUACACAACAAGUUUGGUGUGACACUGCUCUAUCUGAUAUUGAGUGAAGGAGAGAGGAUGCAAAGUUCUGACCCCAACUGUCAGCUCAUGGAUGACAAUCGAUGGACAGAGCUGGUGUUUUCUGUAACCAGGGAGUUGCUCAGCAUUCCCUCUACAUCCCUCUCAUCUCCUCUCUUCACACCUACCAACCUGAUCACCCUCUUCUCACGCUUUAUUGACCGUCAGCGCUUGGACUUGUUACAGGAAAAACUACAGAUCCCUGCCUCGUCCAGGUAGAAGUUUCCAGUUCAUCAAUCCAACCCACCCCCACACUUGAGGCAGUGCGUGCCUGCGCGUGUUUGUGCGUGCGCGUGUUUGUGCCAGUGAGUGUGUGUGCAUGGCCGCAUUGAGUCAUUUUAAUGUAUGUUUUUGUGAUAAAGAACAAGGAUUGCGUUUGAAUGAACUAACAGCAGUUUUAAUAAUUAAAUCUGCUUUUUUUAUCUAAAAUCUUGUUUACAAUUAUGCCUAUGUUGAACCUUCAAAUUAAAAAUUAUUUCUAUUAUAUAAAAAGUGCACUGUUAUCUUCUUGUCCAGUUCUUUUAGUGCAACGAUAAUCUCCCUCAACCCACAAAUACAUAGUAAAUAGAAAUGAAUGAUAAAUAAUAAUGAUCAAAUAAUUGACAGCCUAAAUGAAUCUGCUUUACAUCCUUGUUUGUACAUUCUUAGUGUGUAUUAGGAAUGAUUGUCCUUUUAAAGGUAAUCAGUGUCUGGUUAAAAAAAAGCAGUGGAGAUGAUAAUUUUUCAAGGCAUUUUUGGAGACUUAAGUUUUUUUCAACCAUCAUUAAAAAAAAUAUAUAGAAUUGCUUCAUACUCAAGGUUCACAGAUUUGUCUGAUAUACUUGGAGGUUGGUCAUAGACCUACUCCUAAUCAAACAUGCCUUGGGAGCACCUUUGAUUUGAUACUUAUACAUGAAUAAAAUUGGUUUCCUUAAAAGAAAAAUGAGAGUUUACAUUUGUUUUAGUUUUUCUUAGUUUUGUGUUUGAAAGACAAGUCAGUAAUGUCCCACAUUCACUGAAGAAUCGCUGCAUAAAUUGGAAAGGUUCUUGUGAGACAUUUUGCAAAUAAAGAUUCAAUCACUC